GCUCCAGACAUCGCGUGUGCAAAUGGCGUCGCUCGCUGUGCUCCUCCUGAUCCUUUCUGCAGCUCGGGCCUCCAAUGCCGCCGCCGUCCGCGUCGGGCUGACGCGCGUCCACUCCAACCCCGAUGUCUCCGCCACAGAGUUCGUGCGUGGCGCGCUGCGCCGGGACAUGCACCGGCACGCCCGGUUCGCCCGGGAACUCGCGUCGUCGGGCGGCCGCACCGUCGCCGCGCCAACCCGGAAGGACCUGCCGAACGGCGGGGAGUACAUCAUGACGCUGUCCAUCGGCACGCCGCCGCUGUCCUACCCGGCCAUCGCCGACACGGGCAGCGACCUCAUCUGGACGCAGUGCGCGCCCUGCGGCAGCCAGUGCUUCAAGCAGGCCGGGCAGCUGUACAACCCGUCGAGCUCCACCACGUUCGGCGUGCUCCCCUGCGCCAGCUCGGUGAGCAUGUGCGCCGCGCUGGCCGGGCCGAGCCCGCCGCCUGGGUGCUCCUGCAUGUACAACCAGACGUACGGCACGGGGUGGACGGCGGGCAUCCAGAGCGUGGAGACGUUCACGUUCGGCUCGACGCCCGCGGACCAGACCCGCGUCCCCGGCAUCGCCUUCGGCUGCAGCAACGCCAGCAGCGACGACUGGAACGGCUCAGCCGGCCUCGUCGGGCUGGGCAGGGGAAGCAUGUCGCUCGUCUCGCAGCUCGGCGCCGGCAUGUUCUCGUACUGCCUCACACCAUUCCAGGACGCCAACAGCACGAGCAUGCUCCUCCUCGGGCCGUCGGCGGCGCUCAACGGCACCGGGGUCCGCACGACGCCGUUUGUGGCCAGCCCAUCGAAGGCGCCCAUGAGCACGUACUACUACCUGAACCUGACGGGCAUAUCGGUCGGCACGACGGCUCUGUCCAUCCCUCCCAACGCGUUCGCCCUGAGGGCCGACGGCACCGGCGGGCUCAUCAUCGACUCCGGCACGACGAUCACGUCGCUUGUCGACGCGGCAUACCAGCAGGUCCGUGCCGCGAUCAAGUCCCUAGUGACGCUGCCGGUGGCCGACGGGUCGGACUCCACGGGGCUGGACCUGUGCUUCGCGCUGACGUCCGAGACGUCGACGCCGCCGAGCAUGCCGAGCAUGACGCUCCACUUCGACGGCGCGGACAUGGUGCUGCCGGUGGAGAACUACAUGAUCUUGGGCUCCGGGGUGUGGUGCCUGGCAAUGCGGAACCAGACCAUCGGCGCAAUGAGCACGCUCGGCAACUACCAGCAGCAGAACGUUCACCUACUCUACGACAUCCACAAGGAGACGCUGUCGUUCGCUCCCGCCAAAUGCAGCACGCUCUGAAGAGAAAUGUACAAAUAUGUGUGUACAUGCAUGUGUGCCUUCGUAGGUGUUUUUCAUCAGUUUUGUAUAGUUUCGAUUCUUUAUUCUUUUCUCCGGUUGAGUUCAGAGUGUAAAUUGUAUGCUUCAGAUUUAUUUGCGGGAAGGCUGCCUAGUGCCCGCCCGACAUAUAUAGGACA